AAAACCUGCCAGACCAAUACCAGCAACCCACAGCGAUAGGAGGGGGGAGGAAUUCGGUAUAAAUUCUGAUGAGUUUCACUUGCUCUCUCACUCCCGCUGUCACCAUGGAUCUUAGAGUGAUGGUGAUGCUGCUCUUUCUGUGUGCUCUGGCCAUCACAACCGCUGAAGGGGGCAUUCCUAAAUGCUGUGUGACGACAUCUAUGGACAUUCCCACCAAUGUGCUGAGGAAGGUGGAGAGAGCAGAGAUGCAGAGAAACAAUGGUGCCUGUGAGAUCAACGCACUUGUGCUGCACGUGAAAGGGAAGAAGUUCUGUGCCCACCCGAAGGUAAAGAGAAAGCUGAAGAGGAUGCAGAGAAAAAAGGACGGAAAACAGAAAAGGCAUUAGUGCUCUGUGAAGUGAGGGAACUUGUUAAUGUGCGGCUAAUCCCCUUGUGGACAGACUACAUAAACAUAACUGGCACCUGACAAAAUGAUGCAACAUUUUACUUCUAGGUUAACUGAGAUUAAUGUGCAGCAGCUUGACUUUUCUUUCAUGUCUUUUUAGACAUUUUCCUUGGUUAUCAUUAUGUGUUUUGGAGGAGUUUUGUAAAAGCAUUACUAUGUGUGUGAGGCAGAAACCUGUGGUGUGUGUAAUGAAAAUCGAAUACAUGUCGACAUGUAAUCCACCAACUAAUCUAUAGCAUUCGCAAAACUGUUUUCUACUUAUUCCUUGUAUAAAUAAUCAAGAGCUGUGAUAUCUGAAAUAAAAUCUAUACUUAUCCCAAAA